CAGUUGACGCUCAGUUCGGCUCAGCGAGGCCAGCAAGAAGAAAGGGGGUUAUUCCAUAUGUGUGUGGGCAUCGUGCGUGUGUGUAUUCGGCACACGAUUCUCGGGACCGAAGAGGCGUUCUGCUACCUGCCGAGAGAGUCCUUCGGCGGCAUUGCUCUUAAUACCGAGGGGGGGUGGUUCUACCUGACCCGAUUGACCUGAGGAACAAAAACCACGAGAGAGAAAAAGGGAUUUCGCUCCGAUCUCGGGGACCCUUCUCCCUCUUCUCAGACAAGACUUUCGCCACGUACUCUCCGGACUCUAAUGCACGAAUUUUCGCCGUUAGUGAGUUUCGUGAUUGGAUAAGGUCGCGCGACGUUGGAACGUUUGAUGAAUCGCGCUCGGAGCCCCAUCGCGAUGGGGAUGACAGUACUCGGCGAUGUCAGAGACGGGGCGACGUGUGGCUCGUGUAUGAUCAUAGGCCACGGGACGAUCCUAGCACAGUCAGUCGCGCAGUGAGUUUAGCCCGCCCGAGAGAUUGACGAUUGCCAAGUGUCAUAGCUGGUGCUCGCAUCACAGAUUGUGGCGCUGAUUUUAACGUUUCCUUAAUGCGCGACGAUCGAGCGCAAUCGCCGCUCCGAGUUCCCGCGGUCCGAACGAUGUAUCAUCAUCAUCGCUAAAUCGCGUUGUGUCAUUUUGUUUCUGUUUCAACCCUCAUUCCGCAUCGUUGGAUCGGACGACCGCAUAACAUUUGCACGAAUUGCCAAUCGACUUCCGCAUCGACGACGUUCGCACGUGGCCCGCUCUCGCCGCUGUCACGUCCAUCGUCCUACGUCCGUCGUCGUCAACGCCGUCAACGCCGUCAACAUCGUCGUCGUCGCCGCGCGUGGGCCUCUCUCUCGUCCGCGGAUUUGCCACGCACUUUAUCGCGCCCCCCGUCUAUCCUGCCUCUUCGCUUCCCUGUCCCACGUUUAUCUACCCCUCCACCUGUCUGCCGCGGCGCUGCACACCCUCUCUCCCGCCACCAACCCCUCGUCGGACGACGCGCAUACCCGCACGAUUUUCCUUAUCCCCACCCGCCUCCUCCACCGCUCGCUCCUCGCGCGCCUCCGUUACCUUCUCCGCACGCGCUUUCUUUAUUUACUCCGUGAAUUCACGGACCAACGCGGACCGGCUCCGAUCACGAUGAGCGCUCCGUUUCGCGGGCCUCGGUGAAAAUCCUUGGACGUGUCGCGUCUCCUCAUCCCGCUGGACCCGCUCGCGAUCGGCGCUCCGCGAACACUGAGGAAACCGCUAAUCUAUACAUCCCCGCUACGCUUAUCGGCCACGUUGUUGUCACGAUGACCAUGCGACGACUUUCAUAUUUCGCGUGAAUUCCGAUCGACCGAACUGCUAUACUAUUCGACGCGCGCGGAUCCGCGAUUAUUCCUGAACUCAUACGGCGGUCACGGAACGCCAUCGCCGAUCGAGCCUCGCGGACAUCGGCACAAAUAUCGUUGCAACACCGGCAAUAAACCGUCACCAUCUGCACCAUCGCCGAUCACGUGGCUUGCUCAACGGCGACGCUGUACGAUAAUGUUCACGCCGCGCCGCUAUGUGGCUCCGGCGUGGGCCACCCUGGCUCCGUCACGCCGAUGGGGACAGCAACCGGAGCGGGGAAUUCCACCGGGGUGACCUGGUGGGCCAUGAUGAACGGUGCCUUCUACGAGGACAGCCCGCCGCCAGUUCCACCGACCGCCUCGACCCUCGUAUCGACUCAACAGCAGACAACCUCGACGCCGGGCUCUCAUCAGCAAGCGACCACCCCGACUUCACCUGGUGCACCGGUGUCAUCGGCAACGACAGCGCCCUCGGCGCCCACGGCGAGCGCCAGUUCAACCUCGCCGAGCGCUUCCUCGGUAGCGAGCAACAGCGCGGCCGGGCCGUUGCACAUACCCGCCAAGAGAUUAACCGCGACCCCGGGAGGCGGUGGUACCGCUUACGGAGAGGUAGCCUGCGUGGAGUCGUCGGGCGCGCCAGGCGGGGCGGGCGUGAUACGGCACUCUCACUCGGCGGGGUCCCAAGGCGGCUGGAGUUACAGCCCGCAUCAUCCCCAGGACUCCCACUACUCGUCCACGGCGGGCGAAUCGUUGAACCAUCAUCAGGCAUACGGGGGUAACAAUCCCCCGACGUACUACAACCUGGCGGCCGAUCCUACCUCGACCUCCGGCUCCUCCAGGGACAACCGGAAGACCGGGCUCUUCUGGUCGCCCGCGGCCGUCACCGCUGGAUCGGCCAGCACCGCCGGCUCUACCUCCGAUUACAAGUCUUACAACUCGGCCGGCGCGGCGACCACGACGUCGAGCACCGGUGGCUCGACCACCGGGGCCACCGGUGCCGCCGACCCGGCCGUGUCCUCCUGCCAUCAGAGCUUCUCCCAGAGCUGGUGCAAUUACGCCCCGUACACGACGGCGAGGCAUCACCAUCCGGUCGACACGGCCGGGCAUCAUCAUCCUCACUCGCAGGCGGGGGUACCGUAUCUGGCGCCAUCCGCGGCGGAUGACCGCGGCAGGGUCGCUGCCGCUAUGGUCGCCGCGGAAGGUGCCUUUCCUCACGAUGGAUACGGCGGCCUGAGAAACUACGGAGCGCCCGAACCUGUUACUUCCAGUCCCUACCCACCUCCAGGUUCGCUUGCGGGUGUGGGUGUCGGGGUUGGCGUAGCCGGGAUGGGCGUCGGGUGCGGCAGCUCCAACCCCCUGGAAUGGACGGGCCAGGUGACGGUACGGAAGAAACGCAAGCCUUACUCCAAGUUUCAAACUCUCGAGCUGGAGAAGGAGUUCCUCUUCAACGCUUACGUAUCGAAGCAGAAGCGAUGGGAGCUCGCGCGUAACCUGAAUUUAACCGAGCGCCAAGUCAAGAUCUGGUUUCAAAACCGUCGGAUGAAGAACAAGAAGAACAGCCAGCGGCAGACCCAGCAGCAAAAUAAUAACAACAAUAAUAGCAGCAGCGCCAACAAUGCGAAUCAUCACGCGGCGACCGGUAGUCAUCACCAUCCGAGCACCGCGCACGCACCACCCUCGAGUCACCACGUGGUCGCGCAGGCGCAUCACGCGAACGGCUCCACGAAGCAUCAUCACGGUGGUAGCCACGGGGGCAGCCAUAGCAGCCUGGUAGCAGGUCACAGCCAUAGCCUCCACGCACCGCAGUCCCAGACGCCGCUGCCGCCGAUUCACGUGUCGUCGUCGUCGUCGGGCACCCUGACGCCCGCCACGGCCGUAGUCCAUCCACACACGCAUACGCACGCACACUCCGGCAGCCAUCAUCAUCAGCUGGCGCACGUGGCUCAACAGUACCCCGCUCUCCUACAUCAAACGCCUCACGGCUUGGCCGCCUGAACGCACCGAACGCCCCAGAGAAAAACCCGUCGAGACGCCUCUGAAUAAAACUGAGGUGAUCCCGCUAAACCGUCGAUCAAUAUCCACGUCCACGGGAAUUCGAUGAAAACUCAUGGACUCUGUCGAGCAGCCGUUCAAAGACUGCCUCUGCUAAGGAAAGAUAAAAGCUCGCGCGUAGUUUAUUAUUAUUAAUUAUUAAUUAUAUUAUUAAUUAUUAAUUAUAUUAUUAUUAUUAUUCAAUCAAGCGAAGACUUCGCUAUUGUAUAAAAAGGGCGCGUUUGGGGCCACUAUUUCAAGCGGUCCGAAGACUCUUUUCGAGUGUCGGUGUCGGGGGUGCCGGUAUUCUACGAAUAAUACGCGUCAUCAGACGACACCAAGCAAUCUGUCCAAUUCGUAAUUCGGUAGUAUUUUCUCCAGUUAUAUAUAUAGAUAUAUAUACAUAAAGUAAAGAGGUAAUUAAUGUCACUUAAUGUACCCCUACUCCUCCCACCGCCCCAGAGCCUCCUCUUCCCUCUUCCAGUCGCGUCGUAUGUUUACUCCGUCUCAACAUCCCUGUCUAUUGUUGGGCCCGGGUCUCGCACAUUUGGAGAUUGGAAACGUAUCGUUGCAGCUACACCCGGGGCUAAUUCAAUCAAACACCAUUGAUUUUGCAGUUAGGGCUGGACGGUCCGUCGAGAAUCGCAAGUUGUAAAGCGGAUGGGUCGCUUUUAGGGGUAAGUGGACUCACUGAUCUCGCGUAAGUGCAUGUGUAUCGCUCUUUAAAUUAACUUUUCACUUCGGUAUGUGUUAUAUACGAUCGCGUUAAAGACCUGCAAAUCUUGUCGAUUACCUACGUACUAGAUAAUGCUAAAAAGUUAGUGUUAGCCAAGAAUUUAUUAUUACUCGGCAUUCAACGCUCUUAAGUCUGUUUUUCUUAAAACGUUAAUUCGAAAUGUGGAUAAAAGCUUUAUUGACAUGUAGACUCGCGGCAAAUAUCUGUUUUCGGUAAUAUUUGAAUUUAAAUGUCAAUUACAGAUCUAAAAAACUUGCAGCGUAGUCCACAUUUAUCGAAAUAUAUAUAUAUUACUUAUAAUGAAAACGAUUCUCGACUCAGAAAGGAAAGUCAAAGGUAGUUUGUGAGAUAUAAAUACCUUCUUCUUUUGCUGUUCAAUUAUUUGCCUGUCGUGACAAAGUAAAAUGUGUGGUAAAUUUUGAAGUCAGUGUAGAACACGAGCGUAUCCAAAAAGUUAGGCAGUUACGUUCACAAUGUCGUACUAAUCGCCUACCAAGGAUCGCAAAAAUUAGUACCUAUAAUUCUUAUAUUAAUAUUGAGGAAAAGCGUUUUAUGUUAAAAAUAUACCUAGUAGCCAGAUUAGUGGUCGAUCGUUCUCUAGGCUGAGUUUGGGAUCUUCAUAAAAAUUAUAUGCAGGGUCAAGAUCGUACACUCAGUAUUUUCAUCUCCGCGCGCGGGCGAAAUUCUUGCCGUGAAAGGAACAAAAAGUUGUGGUACUUAACGCUCUAAACUUUACCACUUGCUAACAAGAUAGCGUAAUUGUGUUAUUUAUAUGAUAAUAAUUGAUAACACGUGAUAAGGGCUUUUUGGCUUACGUUGCUAAAAAACCGGCGCCGAAAAUUUUUUCAAAAUUUUCGUAUUUUAUAACGAUAUUUCAUUGCCAUUGGGUAUCCCAAGUCGACAAAAACUGGACGUGAUAUCGAUCGAUAUCUUAAAUCGACAUUCGUUAAGUUUUAAUAUCUAUUAAAAAUUAUUUUAAUAUUAAAAUUAACUAAAUAUAAUUGAAUCGAUAUGUUCUUAUUGAUUAUAUUCUGUGCUUUUGACUAGAAACUUAAAAAUAUCUAAGACGAAAGUAUUUGUUGAUUAAUAGUUAUCAAUAAUUAUACAUACAUGAUCAUUGAUAAUUAUUAAUAUGUAUGCAUAUAUUUUUUUUUGCGUUCAGUGAAUGUCACAAGUAUUGAUCUCUGUAAAUAUAUCCAAUGGAUAUGUCAUCUGACGGACGUCUUCCGGUCGUUUUACAUCUUUUGUUUAAGACCCGUGUGCUCAUGUCUUUCACGACGAGAAGCGAACGUAGUAAAAAAAAAUCGAUCUCGUAUGAACGAAGUCCUAAGCGCGGCCGGAAUACAAUUUUGAACAGAACAUCAGCGAGUAAGUAGGUAAUCUAAUCAGGUGUUAAAUGAAAAAGGAAACUAUCCCACUGGAUCUCUAUUCUAAGGUGCAACAUUAUCUAAAUUACAAAGGACUUGCUGAGUCCGUGUGAAUGGCUACAAUAUAUAUUAUAUACAUGUAUUUUGUGUAUGGGUAUGUAUGUGAGUGUUCGGACGGGCGUGUAUGUAUAUAUAUAUGUGUACGUGUAGGCAUAUUUGCCUACAUAUACAUAUAUAUAUAUAUAUAUGUAUAUUUUUUGUGAGCAAGAGCAUUUGUUUUAUUUGAGCAUUUGUGGUGUACGAAUGUGUCACACGGCAGUGGAUACGAAUGUACGUUUUGUGGUACAAAAUAAAAAGUAAAUGCGCUUUGCACUGGAAGAAUCGAUAGGAAGAGAGAACGAGAGAGAGAGAAAGAGAGAGCGAGAGCAAGAGGGGAACGAGAGAUGGAUAAACCGGGAGCGAGAAAGAGAGGGCGAGAGAAACGAAAACAGGAUAUCACCGUGAAUUGAAAAUUCUUAAGCGUAUGAGAUAGCUGCGAACGAUAGCAACAGAUAUUUAUGCGGCUGAGUCGAGAAGAAGCGUAAAUACAGCGCGAUGAUAGGACGUGGAUCGCAUAGAGUGAAUCUGAAUUCGUGAGAGACUGAGUUCCGGACAACUGUAUAGUUCUGCCACGGUACUGUAACGGAUAAUUAUGUAACGACGAUAAUAUAAUACAAUAUAAAUGAUAACGAGGUAAAUAAUUUCAAGUGGAAUGACUAAAUGGGAAAUUUCGACCGGACGGUAGCGAUCCUGUUGCGUUUACCGUGCCGUCCGAAGCUUUGCUGCAAGUUGAUUGUAAUUAGUUAUUAAAUAUACCACUGACGAUGUUUAUUAUGACUAUUAAAAAAAAUUCUUAAGAUUAUUAUUAUAUUAUAUUAUAUUAUUAUUAAUAUUAUUAUCAUUAUUAUUGUGAGCGUCACGUUAAUAUUAUGUUAUUGUUUUUAUUGUGUGUUGUUUUGUAUGUACCUAUCAGCCUAUAAUAAUAACAUUAUUACAAUUAUCUAUACACCCGCUCACACACAGACACAGUAGAGGAACGGGGAAAGGAAGUAAAUACACAUUAUUAUCUUUGUCCGCUCUAAAUACUGCCUUGAUUUUCCGACCCACAAAUUUAUGGUGUACCAAUUUGAAGAGAAAUUUCCGAUCUCUUAACACACAAACGGAAAUUUUAUGUUUUCUAAUUCGUGAAAAAUUUUAUAACACUUUAGAUUGUACUAAUUUUCGAUCGAUAGCCUGGAAAAUUCGUAGAAUGAGUAAUCGAAAACUAAAGAUAUAUAUUAUGUCGUUGAGGUGCUGGAAAAGGAAAGUGGGAUGCUUGAGAGAUAGCACCUUUUUAUUAAAAAAAAAUUGUUUUAUAUAAAGAUGUUUUUAAAUAUUUUUUUGCGACUUAAUUGCUAAAAUAUUUUUCUGUUAUUAUUAUUUUUAUAUAGGCGAUAACAAAGCUAUAACGCACCAAGUUAUUACUGAUACAUGAAGUAAAUGUAAAAAUCACAAUUGUAACAUUUAUGUUGUCCAUCAAUAUUGCUCUUCAUGCAGUAAAGAACUGUUAGAUCUU